AUGGCAUCGGAGGAAACCGCAGCAGCGUCCUCCGACAUGAACGCGGAUGGUACAGCAGAGAAUACGGAAAAGGUUACGGACACGCAAACCACGGUCGCCUCUGAGGUACCCAGUGAUGCCCCGGCUCCCCUUGAGGACGGAGCUGUGCCUGAGGUCAAUGACGCGGACGCGGAUGGUGGUGAUGACGGUGGCGGUGAAGGCGAGGAGGGAGAGGAGAAUGCCGAGGGAAAGCCAGCCACCGAGACUGCACCUGCUCCACCGCCCCCGCCUCCUCUCUCAAAGGAGGAGACUGCCAGGUUGGUACUUUUGAAGCAGCAGAUUGACGAAAUGAGUCCUCUCUACCUGCCACAUGAAUACAAGAUGCUGCCUGAAAGCUUCGAUCCGGAGAGUUUUCCACGCUCCUACAAGGAGAAUACCGAUCGGGAGAUUAAAUUGCUUUUGUAUGCGGACAAUUUUCGCCGUCAGUAUGCCUACCUUUAUCGAGACCGCACGCGCCUCCUACUGACACCCCAGAACGAAUGUGGCGUGCGAAAAUUUGUCUGUACCACUAUUCGACCAACAAAGCUGCCCUACGCAGAGCUCUACGACUGGAACGGAGCGGCCGCCUUUGUGGCUGACUUUCUUGACUACGUGCCCCUGGUACCCUCCACCGAAUUGCCGACUCGUCUGCUAAGUCCCUCAACGGCCCUUACCAUUCAGAUGGGCACUUGCUUUGAAUACACCACCAUCCUCUGCUCCAUGCUAAUAGGCGUAGGCUACGAUGCCUACGUAGUCAGCGGUUACGCCACGCGGGAGUGCUGCUAUGCUGAUGAGUCACGUAAGACCUGUCCCAUGCUAGUCGAAGAACCACCGCCUCCACCGAAGAUUGAGGAGAAGAUAAUAAAGAAGUACCAGGUGAAGCCCAUAAAGGACUUCAACUCGCGCUUUGAACUCAGUAUGGAAGUACAGAAGACGCUAGAUGAUAAGAAGGCCGCAGAAGAGGAGGCAGCUCGCGCGAAGGCGGCCCUGAUCAAAAAGGAGGAACCCCUGCCGGAUCCGCUUUAUGGCCUCCGCGUGCAUUCCUGGAUCUUGAUCCUGCCGGGACGCAGAGAUGUGACGACGCCCUUUUUCAUUGAACCUCUUACCGGUCUUGGGGUGGACAUCAAGACAAAGAUGUACUUGGGUAUUGAGAGCGUGUGGAACAAUAUGAACUACUGGGUAAACAUGCAGGACUGCUCCAACGGCAUUCAGGAGAUGCGCUAUAAUCUGCACCAUCUUUCUGACUGGGAGUACAUGCUGCCUUCGGGAGUGCUCAAUGAGCUUCUGAUGCCGCAUGACACUGAACUUGUGGGUAUCACAAAACAGGGUCUGGACAUCAGCGAAAAGCUCAAGAAAUUCACUACCCACUUGGAUUACGGUUUCGAACCGGCAACAGAUAAGGACGACGAUGGCAAGCAGGGAGCAACUGGAAAUGGAACGGCGACUAUGGAUAAUGAACCCGCGGCAGUCAAGUCCAAGGCUGGUCUUUAUGACAAGCUGCUCCUGGUCGACCUGCCUUUGUCUUGGACCCUACCCAUUGUCCUCUCCAAGGCGGACUAUGACAUGCGCUACCCUAAUCACACCAAAAUGAUUGUCUACAAUCGGGCCAAGUUGCAGAAGUACUCACCCUACUCUCAGCCCAACGGUCUUGUCUCCCUUCUGACCAUUUAUGAGGAUCGAGAAUUACAGCAACCUCUAGAAACGAGGGAGGGCUUUGCCUGGCGACGAGAUAAACUCCUCGAGCGGAUCACUGACCUCGGCACCUCCUGGGUGACGGAGAAGUUUGACCACGGCCGGAUGUCUGAUCAGCUGAAGGAACACGGCUACCGGUCGACUGCAACUGGGCCCGAAGCAAAACGCUACAUGGUUUUCUACGAGAAGGUCCGUGUGGACGGUCUGAUGAAACGAGAGCGAGUAUCGAAUGAACUGAAGGAAUGGUACUGUAAUAGGCACGAUCGCCUUGUCUACCGGGAGACAAAAUACGGCAGGACUGUUAAAAAGUUUGGGCCGCCCAUGACUGGAGGGUCGGGUGGGGCAGGGGGCAAGGUAGCUUUGCUCACUAGCUCACACGCCGCCAUUGACGUAAUUACAGAGCGUUUUGAUCGGAAUCCCAACGUGCCGGCGGAUGAGGAUGUCGCCGAGCGUGUAUUCAACAUUGCCGGUAAUCGUUACAUUCUGACAUACCACAUUGCCGAUGAUAAGAUCUUCCCCUGCACUCGGGAGUUUAUUAAGCCACCCUCGACCAAUGACCGUCGACAAGUUGUUGAGCUUCACUCAGACACACACAGCACUUUCCAGGUAAAAGACGGGCUUGGAAUAUACGCAUAUACUUUUGUUACUAAAUAACAAUAAGUAACCAUAUACCUUUUGAAUUUUUGCAUCGAGGUUGACCCUAACAGCAAGCCCAAGACCAAUGUUGCCAUAUACAACAUGUUGCUUGACCUCAUGGCCCUGGAAGAACAGGCUAAAGAAACGGUCCGACGUUCUGAAAAAGAGGUUCAGGCGAUCCUGUCAUUGAGGGACAGUGAAGAGGCGAAACCCAAAUUGGAUAUUGGACUGUUUGACACCUUACGCAAUAAGGAAAUGCACGAUCUGCGUAUUGCUCUGGAGGAAGCCGCGGAGAACGAGCGAAGGCGCCAGAAGGAGAAGGAGCUCGACUACCUAGCACCAUAUCUCGAAAUGAAGGACGCCAUAUUAAACGAUCUGACUCGCGAACAGGCCUUCUCCGUUCGUGAGGCCUGUCUGCAGGACCUGAAGGAGCGACUCAUCAAGAAGGCGAACAUUAUUCAGGUUCGUUUUGAGGGUGAAGUACAGGCCCUGCAACAGAAGCAACAGUGGUUCCAACUGAAUCAGAUCAACCUCACCAAGGACGACGAACAGGCCUAUCUGCAGUACUGCAACGAUGCCAUCUUCCGCAUCACCACACUGGAGACGAUGCUGAUGCGACACAAGCAGACAGCGCCCCAGAAGUACAUGAUGCUGGAGAAGAGAUUGCGUUCGGACCCACGGUUAGCCGAAUUCCUUCAAAAUGGUUGA